AUGCCUCAGAUACCGCUAUACAUAGUCACUCUUGACAACCAGGAGACGCUAUACCUCGCGAACUUGACGAUCGGCACACCGGGUCAACAAAUCCAACUACACAUCGACACGGGCAGCAGUGAUCUUUGGGUCAAUGCGGUACCAUCGGAGUUCUGUGAAUCGAAUGGGCGAUGCCGAACCGGCGCGUAUGAUGCGAAUGCCUCCUCAACGUACCACUACGUCAAUUCCCAGUUCGAUAUUUCGUACCAAGACGGUACGGGGGCGUCGGGUGACUAUGUGAAGGACAAUGUGGACAUCGGCGGUGCGAUCCUGGAUGGACAGCAGUUUGGCGUUGGCUAUGAGAGCAGCAACGGAAAUGGCGUCCUCGGCAUCGGGUACCCGAUCAAUGAGGUCGCCGUUGGUCGCGCAGGCUUGAAGCCUUACCCAAAUGUGCCCCAAAAAUUGCAAGAACAGGGUCUUGUUCAGUCGAACGCGUACUCCUUGUGGUUAAACGAUAUGGACGCCAACACCGGCAGCAUCUUGUUCGGUGGCGUCGACACGGAAAAAUACGAGGGCGAGCUCUAUACACUGCCGAUACUUUCCCAAUCAGGUGUAUAUGUUGAGUUCGCCAUUGGGCUGACGGAGAUGGCAUCGGGAGGAAAAACUAUUUUCAAAGAUGAAGUUGUUCCUGUUCUUCUAGACUCGGGCAGCAGCUUGAUCUACCUGCCGAACAAGAUUGUUGAUGAGAUUUACGACCGAUAUAGUGUCACCUACGACACCCAGGAAGGAUAUGGGUUCGUAGAGUGCGAUCUUGCGAACAGCGACGAUACGAUCGACUUUACAUUCACCAAGCCCACAAUUUCCGUCCCGAUGAACGAGCUUAUCUUUUCUAGUAGCAGUGACCCUGGAUCAAAUGACUGCGUCUUCGGCAUUGCUCCGUCUGAGGGCUCAUCUUCCGUCGUCCUUGGCGACACCUUUCUUCGCUCCGCCUAUGUCGUCUACGAUCUCACUAAUAACGAAAUCUCCAUCGCCGCCACCAAUUUCAAUUCCACGGAAUCGAAAAUCCAAGCCAUCACGAACGACUCCGAUGGUGUCCCGAAUGCUGUCCACGUCGACGGCGCCCCUUCUACCGCCGCCGUGGCGCCUGGUACGGGCCGGACGGCAAGCAUCCAAAGCGACGUCAGUGAAGCUUCUGCCGCAAAGGCCACCCCGCCACCGACGCUGCGGAAAGAAGUUCUCGCUGGAGCAGCGGCGAUGGGCGCGGGACUAUUCAUGGCUUCUUAAGGGAGACAGAACGGAUGUAAUGAAUUUACGAAUCGACCUUCUAACAAGAAAUCCUGUGCGGCGGCCCGCAUCGGACGUAUUAUUUGGGCAUCGGGCAUGGCAUAGACCAUAUUUCUUCACAUAGAGCUUGCAGCGCAUCACUUGGGAGUUCUGGAAUAGCGGUGUUGGUAUUAUGAAUCAUCUGACAUGAUAUCUUGACUUUGACGAAGCUAGCUGUCUCCACGCGCGAAUAGACUAGACUAGACGACAAUGUAGACACCUGUGCAAGUGCGUUGGUCAGAUUUGCCUUUUCAGUGAGGUGAUUUGAUGCCUAUGUUGUCAGGCAUUAUAUAUAUAAGAUAAUCAAAGCUAAGCUUCGAUAAAUUUU